UAGAAGGGGAAAAAUCCUAUUUCAUAUUGUGUCACUUUUUUUCAGGAACUGGCCAGGAACCCAAAAAAAAAGAAAAUGGGAAGUUGCGUAGUUGCAUUGGAGUCAGCAGAAAUGCAUUUCAUGUCUGGAUUCCCUCUAAGCCAAGUCAACACGGAAAGAGAACUUCCAAAAUGAGUGUGGAUUACAUCGAGGUUGAAGAUUACACCGCAGACAACGAAAGCGAGGCAAACGUCAGCAUCUCCGGCACGGUGAACGUUAGCGGUCGCCACACGUCUUUGACGAUCUUCCUUGUGACCGUCAAUGUGGUCGUCUGCGUGGUUGGCCUGGCGGGGAAUUCUGUGGUUAUCUGGAUCUGUGGAUGGAAAAUGAAAAGAACGGUCAUCACCACUUGGUACUUGAGUCUGGCCAUCUCCAACUUGUUGUUCUGCGCCCUCCUCCCUCUGGAGGUGGUCUACACGCUCACCUCACAUUGGCCUUUCGGACUGGCGCUGUGCAAGCUGACGUCGUCCGCUCUGUUCCUCAACAUGUAUAGCAGCGUCUUCCUUUUAGUACUGAUCAGCGCCGACAGAUACGUGGUGGCCUCCUUCCCCGUGUGGUCGCGGAACCAGCGCACGGUUCGCGGGGCCUCAGUGGCAGUGGUGAUCAUGUGGACUCUCUCCGCGCUCCUCACCCUCCCCUCGCUCAUUUUCAGACAAACUGUGGUCCGAGGAGAUGUGGUCGUGUGCUACACGGGCUACGUGGACCCAUCCAGGCACAAAGCGGUGGCGUUAAGCCGCUUUAUCUGCGGAUUCCUGGUUCCUUUUCUGGUGAUCGUGUUGUGCAGCUCGGUGCUAGCUGUCAAGCUGCAAGGGAUGAGCAUCAGAUCCACCAAGCCCUACAAAAUCAUGGCAGCGCUUAUCUCCUGCUUCUUUGUCUGCUGGGUUCCCUACCACACUUUUGUUCUCCUGGAGUUGGACGUGAAGAACCUCAGCCUGGAGAGUCUUCACACCGGGAUUAAAUUCGGGGGCACUCUGGCAGCGGCAAACAGCUGUCUGUCACCCAUUCUCUAUGUUUUCAUCGGGAAUGAUUUCAACCGAAUCUUAAGACACUCACUGACACAAAAGUUGGAGUCAGCGGUGGCGGAGGAUUUCCGGACAGGACGUUCUCAGUCAGUGCAAAACAUGCAAAACCUGUGAUCCCGUAAUACAUAUGAGUGUUGAUGACGAUGUGUACUGUAUGUGCUUAAGAUCUCUUGUGGUCACUGUUAA